CAGGACGCCCCUCUCUCUCCCUCACUCUGCUUUCAAAGCCAACCUAGGUCUAUCUUUGCCGCUUUUCUAUCAUGGAAAUGUUUUUUAAUGGGUGGCGUUAAGAGUGUCGGUCUUAUUUUUACUUUCAUAUUCUGAAAUGUACGACCGUCUGGAUCCCCGCUCGGCCGAGAGAGGAAGGCUUUUUGUAGGUAUAAUACAAGGAAGCGUCGUCUGAGAGAGGGAGAGAGAGGGGGAAGGAUUGACGCUUUUUCCUCCUCUCCUCCUCCUUCUUCCUUUCGCCCCCCUCUCCUCCUCCUUUUGGCGGAGAGAGGGGUUUAGGCAGGAAUAAACGCUUUUUUGGGUGUUUUUCUUUUUCUUUCUCUCUUUUUUUAAAUGCAUUUGAAUCCUACUGCGCAACCAGACCGGAUCACGUGGGAUUGGAGAGAGUUGGAUCGAUUUUGCACAGUUCAAUGUGAGAAAAAGAGGGAGAAACAAACAACUCUUAUUUCUUUUUUACUUCUGUGGAUAACUGGGACUGUUGAUACUUUUGCAUAAUUUAAAGAGAAGGGGGUGUCUGAGUGGGCUCUUUUUUCAGCCUUGGGGGUGUGGAGUAUUAAUUCUUAUAUGCCUGGGUUUUGAAAAACAAUGGAGACGCACAUUUCGUGCCUCUUCCCGGAAAUUUUGGCCAUGAUUUUCAGUUAUCUGGACGUGAGGGACAAAGGCAGGGUAGCCCAAGUGUGUAUCGCUUGGAGGGACGCAUCCUACCACAAGUCAGUGUGGAGGGGGGUGGAGGCCAAGCUGCACCUCCGCCGGGCCAAUCCCUCCCUGUUCCCCAGCCUCCAGGCCAGGGGCAUCCGGAGGGUCCAGAUCCUCUCCCUGCGCCGCAGCCUGAGCUAUGUGAUCCAGGGAAUGCCUAACAUCGAGUCUCUCAACCUGUCGGGCUGCUACAACCUCACAGAUAACGGGCUGGGCCAUGCAUUUGUGCAGGAGAUCCCAUCACUGAGGGUUUUGAACCUGAGUCUGUGCAAGCAGAUUACAGACUCCAGUCUUGGCAGGAUAGCCCAGUAUCUGAAGAACCUGGAGGUGCUGGAGCUUGGUGGCUGCAGCAACAUCACCAACACUGGGUUACUGUUGAUAGCCUGGGGCCUCCACCGGCUCAAGAGCCUCAAUUUGAGGUCCUGCAGGCAUGUGUCAGAUGUGGGGAUUGGACAUUUGGCGGGCAUGACCCGCAGCGCGGCAGAGGGCUGCUUGAACCUGGAGUAUCUGACUCUCCAGGACUGUCAGAAACUGACAGACCUGUCACUCAAACACAUUUCCAAGGGGCUGACCAAGCUCCGGGUACUGAACCUGAGCUUCUGUGGGGGGAUCUCAGACGCGGGGAUGAUCCACCUUUCACACAUGGCCUCCCUGUGGAGCCUUAACCUGCGCUCCUGUGACAACAUCAGUGACACAGGGACCAUGCACCUUGCCAUGGGCACCCUAAGGCUCUCUGGGCUUGACGUUUCCUUCUGCGACAAGAUAGGGGACCAGACCCUGGCUUACAUUGCCCAGGGGCUGUACCAGCUCAAGUCCCUGUCCCUUUGCUCGUGCCACAUUUCUGACGAUGGGAUAAACCGGAUGGUGAGGCAGAUGCAUGAGCUGAGGACUCUGAACAUUGGACAGUGUGUACGUAUUACGGACAAAGGGCUGGAGCUCAUAGCUGACCACCUGACCCAGCUGGCGGGCAUUGACCUGUAUGGAUGUACCAAGAUCACCAAGAGGGGACUGGAGAGGAUCACACAGCUCCCCUGCCUUAAAGUGUUGAACCUGGGACUCUGGCAGAUGACAGAGAGUGAGAAAGUGAGGUGAUUGGAAAUGUUUUUUUUUUGGUUUCUGUUUUGUUUUGUUCUUUUUGUUUUUGAGGGCAGAGGGGGGGCAUGAGGAGCAGGAGGAGGGGGAUUGGAUGGGCGGGGAAAUGUCUUUUCUUAUUUAAAAAGAGAGAAAACCUCCCUGUCCCCUCCUGUGUGGUUCUGUAAGGUGUGCUUCUCCCAUAUGACCAGAAUUUUGUUUUUUUAUGUUUCAUUCUGUUGGCCUUGCAGGAUUUAAAGUAGUGUUUGAUAUGACUUAAUAUUCUGCCUGAUAGGAAGCAAUUAAAAUUUACUUUUGUUAUGAGCUCAUGAAAACCCCUGUUAACAAUUGUUUUGAUCUCUUUUUGAGUUUUAAUAUUAAUUCCAACAUUGGACUGAAGUAGCUGCAAUGCAAAUCAGCUUGUUUCACACAAAAAAAUUGAAGUGUCAAUUUCUUGACACCAGUAGAAUAAUCUGCUUAAUUUACUGACACCUGCUUCCAGAAAAUUCUUGAAAGUGAA